CAGAUUAGAAACAAAGAGAGCUAACUCUUCAACAUAGCUCCUUAUUCAUCUAAUGCACUAGGCCAAUUUUACAAAAGAAAUACACUGUUGCUGUUUCCCAUUUAUCAGUCGUCAAUUGCUCCGCAUGUGCUUCAGUUGUUUCCCAUUCGAAACUACAAAAAACUACCCCUAUAACUUCUAGGGGCAGUUAAAUGGGUGGUAAUUUAGAGUUUGGAUGCAAGGAAAGGAGGAAGCUUGGACUGACUCUACGAUAAAAGAAUCCAUCAUGCAAUUUUCAAAUCCUCUGCAUUUUCCAAUCUAGAAGAUCAUGGAGAAAGAGAGCUAAAGUUCAAGACGCAUGAGGAAGCGAACCAAGGGAAUCAGAGAAGAGAUUGAAAGACAAAAAACAACAGGUCAUUAAAGAGCAACCAACGAUUAGAACUGAAGCCAUUGGGUGUGAGGUUAGAGUAGAGAUCAAAAGGAUUAGAAAACUAUUUUCUCCCCACCAUUUCUGAAGGAUGAGAUUGGUUCUUAUCCCUUGAACUGCAGGAUCAGAAGUUUACAACAUAUGCCUGAAUGGGAUGCUAACCUUAUAAUGCUUGCAUUAGCACUACAUGAAGUACAUUUUUCAAUUCUAAGGGAGGGAAAUUCGGGUGGUCCUCUUGUUAAUGUUGGUGGAGAAAUUGUUGGCAUCAAUAUAAUGAAAGUCAUAAUAGCAGAUGGGUUGAGUUUUGCGGUGCCUAGAUACAAAUGCAUUGCAUACAUAUAUGAUAUGAUAUUCAGAGCAUUUUUGGUUGGUGGAAUAGUUAUUCGUUGGUCAAAAUAUAAAAUAAGGUAAAUUAGAUGGAGAGCGAAGCAAAUUAGGAAUGCCAAUUCCAUGCUUUUACAACUCUUCUUCAAGUAAGUUGGAAGGAGCAAGAAAUGGCUAAUCAUGUCUCCCCCAAGGUUUUAUCUAUUUCUUCUUCACACUCCUUAGAAGAAAAAAUUGGUGCAAGCAUGGAAUAGCUGCUCUUAAUGUGUUGUGCUCUCUAUCUAAUUUACCUUACUGAAGGAAGAUAACUAUUUUGAUGAACAUUUUGAAAAUUUAUUACCUUUAAGAACGUAUUUGAAAAUUAUGUUGUGAUGGUGGGUUGUUCAGGGGUGAUGGUGAAACUUGAAGGUCUUAAAUCAGCUAGCAUAUUGAGAUAUAAAAUUUUUAAUAUUGAAAAAUUUACACGUAUUCGAAGUUUUUUAUUUACCAUCAGAUCAUCCAUAAAAUGAGAUGUCAGACCACAGAAGGCCAUGUUGUAGAGGAGAGUCGUUCGGCCUUGGCUUGGAUUUAAAAUGCUCGAUCUUAAUGACAUGAUCAUUGCUCAACUUAGAGAGAGAGUUGUCACAUUUUCUAAUGUCAAAAAAGGUGUCCUCGUAGCUAUGGUAUGUUUUCUUCCCAUUUUGUUGUGUUUCUGACUUUCUGUAUAUGCCGGUUAUAUGGUAUUAAUGAUCUUGUUCCUGACCAUUUAAAUAUAUACGGGAGUCUUUGUGCCUUGUCACUUUUCGUAUUAACUUGCUCCAAAUAAUGUUCCGGUGACUCCUGGAUCUCCUGCUGAUCGUGCUGGAUUCCACCCUGGUUAUGCUGUCAUUGAAUUUGAUGGAAAGCCAGUUGAAUCUAUCAAGGAGAUCAUUGAGAUGAUGAGCGACAGAAUUGGAAAAGCGAUAAAGGUGGUUGUGAAAAGAGCAAAUGAUGAAACGGCCAUUUUGACAGUAAUUCCAGAGGAAGCCAAUCCAGAUAUGUGAGAUACUACAGUUCUGUUGUUUCAGGUUUUCUGUUGAUGUGUAUCAUAUUUAUUG